AUGACGAAACGUUUCAAAUUAAAGAUAUCAAGAAUCCUCUCCUUUAAAUCUUGCCGUUUAAAAGAUCCCUCCGAUCUCCCUUUCAAUCCUGUCCCUUCAAUUUCCCGACGACCUUCUUCACCGGCUAAUCCCUCCACCGUCGUCUCCACCGUGCCACAUGGUCGUCGUUCUUCUUUCAGACUACACGUGUUAACAGCUUUUGGCUGCGGCUCAAGUCGGCGACGUUGCUCUUCCACGCCGUUGGAUGUUUCCCGGAGGAAUUCAUCACCAUCGUUAUCGCCACCGCAAACGCCGACAUUUCAGUGGGAAAGCGAAGGGAAGUGGCACAUGAUUGCUCAAGUCAACGAGGGAGAAUACGAAACGCCUCGUCGGAAAAUCUACGACGGAGAUGACCGCCGGCGUUCAGGGAAGAAGGAGAGAUACGCACGGCGGCGAGGGAGCAUCUCAUCCGCCGAGGAAUACGAAGAGGAGACGGAGAGAGAGAGUCUUUUACCAUCUUCUACGAACCUCUCGCCGGAAAACUCCUCUUCAGAGCUGCCACGUGUCACUAGACGACGGAGAAACCUUCCGAAGGGAAAAACCAAGUCGUUGCUGGUUGAGGAAGAAAGCCAGCCGUCGUCUCCGGCGAGACUGUCGUCUUUCGUGCAGAGGUUUAUGCCUUGUGCGGCGGCUGCGGCGGUUGUGGUGGAAGGAGUGGCGGUGGUGAAGAGAUCGGAGGAUCCGUACGAAGAUUUCAAGGGUUCAAUGAUGGAGAUGAUAGUAGAGAAGAAUAUGUUUGAAGUAGCUGAGCUUGAGCAGCUUCUUCGCUGUUUCCUAACGCUAAACGCGAAACGCCACCACGACGCGAUUGUUAAAGCGUUUUCUGAGGUUUGGAUUGCUUUAUUCUCCGGUGGUAAUGACGGUAGUCAAAGGUCCAGUGUUCGACUCUCGGAUUAUGAUGAGUGUUAA